AUGCGGUCCUCAGGCGUGGCCGUCGCUCUCCUGGUCCUUGCGUCGACUGGGCAUGGCCGUCAUGGCCAGGUACAGGAUGACGAGGCAGCACCUGACGCAGUGAUCUUUUCCAUGCCGGCCGAAGCCAACGAGCAACUUCAGCGCAGCGGCCCAACGGAACUUGCUCUUACGUAUCUCAAGUACGGGACCCCAAUACCGCCGGAGCUGGACGAGCUUGUCGGGGAGCGCUUGGACACUGCCUCCAACAGACAACGCAAGCGGUGGCCUCCCCCGUCUGCGCCCCUGUCCUCGCAGCUUGGAUUCCGGGGACGGGAAUAUCUCAUCGAGGCGCAACUCGGCACCCCUGCGCAGCGACUGAAUCUGCUUCUAGACACCGGAUCCAGCGACUUCUGGGUCUUCAGCACCAACACGCCCGCCCGCGCCGCCGGACGACGCACGAGGUACGACCCGUCCAAGAGUAUGACCGCGCACAAGUCCGACGGCUACACAUGGGCCGUCACGUACGGGAUCGGUUCCGCGGUGGGCGGCAUCGUGUACUGGGACUCUGUCACGGUUGGGCGAGUCACGGUCCUGAGACACCCUGUUGAGUCCGUGCAGGUUUUGACUCCAAAGGUCGAGCUCGCCAUGAGUGCGUCCGGCGUUCUCGGGCUUGGUUUCGAUAAGCAGAACAAGGUGCGGCCGAGGCGUAGACGGACCUGGUUCUCCAAAGCGAAGCGCAACUUCAAGGAGCCGCUGUUUACCACGCGUCUUGUUAGAGACGAGUCCAAAGGCACGUGCGGCUUUGGAUACAUCGACGCGUCCAAGUACAAGGGCAACAUCACCUACACGCCCGUGCUCGGCAACACUGGUCUCUGGAGCUGGUCGGCCAGCGGCUACCGGGUAGGACAGAGCCCAUUCCAAGUGCAGGACAUCCGCGGCGUGGCCGACACGGGUUCGAGCCUGGUGCUGCUGCCGCGAAGCAUCGUAGAGGACUACUGGGCUCGAGUGGCGGGCGCAAAGUACAAUCGGGCCGCGGGAGGGUAUACGUUUCCGUGUAGCGCGGCGCUGCCCGACUUUACGUUCGGGGUCAAGGACCAGAUGUUCACGAUCCCGGGGAGCGAUAUGCAAGUGCGAAAUGCGCGAAACGGUAGCAGUUCGUCGAUGUGCUUUGGCCUGAUACAGAGCAACGGCGGCGGGUUGACGGUCUGGGGUAACCCUGCGCUCCAGGCGGCGUUCAUUGUCUGGGACGUUGGGCGAAUGCGCCUGGGGUGGGCGCAGCCUGCCUACCAGCGCAUCUUUGACGCCGACGAGACGCCAUUGCUCUACCAGAACGACAACGGUGCCCUUUCGUCUCACGAGGCGCGGAGAGGCGGCCCAGGCACCCGAGACGACGUGGCAAGCUUAAAAGGAUCAGAAGCUCUUACUGGGCGUGCUCUCGGUGCGGCCAUGUUGGCUCAAAUGCAAAAUACACGCUCAGGGACCGUCGGCCCAAGGCGGCGCGUGGCCUACAUCCGCACAGUCAUUGACAACGACGUCGACUACAAUGAGACAGACUGGUGCAACCUGCGCACAUGGCUGCGCUUCUGGGUCGGCAAGGAGGCUCGCCCGCACCCGUUUAGCGCAGAGGCAAAGAUGAGAUGCGGCGUGAAUACGACAGACAUUCAGCAUCAUUAUAUCCUGGCUUAUCGGAAUGCGGCGGACGAGUUCGUGCUGGACUGGCUCAUUGGCUGCUCAACAAAGGGCAGCUUCCGGCUCAGGCGACGCGACUUUACCGUCUACCUGUCACAGGCGCAGGCGAGCGACCCGGCGAAGAAGGAGCUGCUUCAACGGCUACAGAGCGAGUCCGUUUCCGUCCACAUCGUGCCUUUGGAUAAAGCACGAGAAACACUAUCGCAGGAUGAACCCGAUGCAUGCGAAGAGGCUUUACUCUCCGCGAGCGACUACCUCCUCGAAACAUACCUCUCACGCGCGCAACGCAUCUCCCCCUUCCACAGCCUGUGGCGCGACUCGCUACGACACGGCCACCGGGAGGCGUCCAACGCCGCCGAGAAGAGCAAAGAGUACUUUGAAGGGGGCCGGCUGCGCGCGCACAUGGGCGGGUAUUCGUCGAGCUCGUGCUCGUACCCGCCUCCCAAGACCGAUGCCUGGCGGCGCGCCCACGACGAGGCGUGGCGCAACUACGCGUGUCCGUCGUGCGGCAAGCGCUGCAAGAGGAGCAAGGGGUGUCGGACGACGGGCGAGUGGUGGACGGCGGGCAGGUCGGAGGCGGCGCGGCGAUGGGGCGAGGACGUGGACACGUCGGCGCCGCGACCGCCCGAGUUUGAGAAAGAGUGGAGGGACCUGAGCGUCGAGGACGUCGUGGCGCGGUACGGGAAGGGAUGGGGGUCGCGCGUCGGCUGGAAGUGGCAGUCAGUCGAUACCUUUUCGGGGGAAUGA